GGUCAUUCGGGUCACAAGCAUGUCGUGGAGGGGGGGCAUUUUAAGAUGGGCUAGGGAUGACGUUAUUUGUAUAGCAACGAGAGGAAACAGAAUCCCCCUCAACACUCAACAGAGAUGUGGCUUCAAGAAAGUAGUGAAGGAGUCCAAGACCAAGAAGGGGGUCAGAGAGGAGACGGGGCCCUCACACACAGAGCCCAGUGAAGGGCUCAUCCACAAGAGGGGUGCAUCUCCCCCCGUGGAGCCCUCAGUGGUAUACACGCACUCCAGGAGCUUUGGCAGACUGGUCAAGCCCCUGGCGUUCACAAUAGGGUUUACAGGCUGUUCAUUUGGCACAGCGGCCAUCUGGCAGUAUGAGUCACUGAAGUCCCGGGUCCAGAGCUACUUUGACGAGGUCCGGGCCGACUGGUUGGAGACACUACGGCCGCAGAAACAGGGGGAUCUUCGCAAAUGGAUCAACCAGUGGUGGAACGGCUUGAGUGAGGGCCAACGUACUGUUGCAGGGAUCAUAGCUGCUAAUGCUGUGGUUUUUUGCUGUUGGAGAGUGCCAUCCCUCCAGCACUCUAUGAUCAAAUACUUCACAUCCAACCCUGCCUCCAAAACCCUGUGUUUCCCCAUGCUCCUGUCCACGUUCAGCCACUACUCCUUCUUCCACAUGGCGGCCAACAUGUACGUCCUCUGGAGCUUCUCCUCCAGCAUCGUCUCCAUGCUAGGCAGGGAGCAGUUCAUGGCCGUUUACAUGUCUGCAGGUGUUAUCUCUACGAUGUUCAGCUAUGUAUGCAAGACAGCCAGCGGGCGCUUAGGUCCCUCUCUUGGAGCGUCAGGAGCCAUCAUGACAGUCUUGGCUGCCGUCUGUACCAAAAUGCCAGAGGCUAAGCUGGCAAUCAUCUUCCUCCCCAUUUAUGCUUUCUCUGCAGGCAAUGCAUUGAAAGCCAUAGUAGUCAUGGACACAGCUGGCCUAGUUUUAGGAUGGCGAUACUUCGACCACGCGGCCCAUCUAGGCGGAGCUCUUUUUGGCGUCUGGUACAUCAUGUAUGGCCACGAGCUGAUAUGGAAGAACCGUGAGCCACUAGUGAAGGUGUGGCACGACCUUAGGACAAAGGGUCCUAGUGGGGGAGGAAACGGUGGCAACGGCCCCCAGUAGAGCGCACUGGACUGGGUGAAGGCAUGUGGAUGGACUGGCCUUGGCUGAUGUGUAUAUUACCAGAUUACAGAAGAGUGUCAAUAGCAUCAACAGCCAAGCUGGCCACACAAACCGAAGCCUGACUCUCCAUUUAUCCCCCACACACAAGCUCUAUGUUUGUCUCUCACUCUCUCAUAAAAAUGCAAUUUUCAUUCAGUGCUCUCUCGCUUUCUCUCUCAAACCCACACGCUACAUAAUAAUGCAGGGAUUUUGUGUGUUUUUGAGAGAAGAUGGGACACUGUUGAGUUACACUAUGGCCUGUAUUCACAAAGUGUUGAUCGAGGAGUAGUUUAGCCUUAUAGAUCAUAAUGAUUUUAGGUGAAGACGGUCACGGGAGCCUACAGGUCACCAUUAUCUCCCCAAAUGCUGAGGUGGAGGACCCUAACACCCUAAGACACAAAAACCAUGCGAUCACGAAACCCUUCCCACUGUCAGUACAGGGGAUGGUUAGAGAGCUACAUUGCGUUCGGAAAGUAUUCAGACCCCUUGACUUUUUUCACAUUUUCUUAUGUUGCAGCCUUAUUCUAAAAUUAAUUAAAUUGUUUUUUUCCCUCAUCAAUCUACACACAAUACGGCAUAAUGACAAAGCAAAAAGGUUUUUUAUUUUGUACAUUUAUGCAAAUAUAUUAUAAGUUUAAAAAAAUAUUACAUUUACAUAAGUAUUCGGGCCCUUUACUCAGUACUUUGUUGAAGCAGCUUUGGCAGCGAUUAUAGCCUCGAUUCUACUUGAGUAUAACGUUAGAAGCUUGGCACACCUGUAUUUGGAGUUUCUCCCGUUCUCUCCACAUCCUCUCAAGCUCUGUCAGAGUGGAUGGGGAGCAUUACUGCACAUCUAUUUUAAGUUCUUUCCAGAGUUGUUCGAUCAGGUUCAAGUCCGGGCUCUGGCUGGGCCACUCAAGGACAUUCAGAGACUUGUCCCGAAGCCACUCCUGUGUUUUCUUGGCUGUGUGCUUAGGGUCGUUGUCCUGAUGGAAAGUGAACCUUCGCCCCCCAGUCUGAGGUCCUGAGCACUCUGGAGCAGGUUUUCAUCAAGGAUCUCACUGUACUUUGCUCAGUUUCUUUCCCUUGAUCAUGACUAGUCUCCUAGUCCCUGCCGCUGAAAAACAUCCCCACAGCAUGAUGCUGUCAACCCACAAUGCUUCAGGUGCCAGGUUUCCUCCAGAUGUGACAAGGCCAAAGAGUUCUAUCUUGGUUUCAUCAGACCAGAGGAUCUUGUUUCUCAUGUUCUGAAAGUAAUUUAGGUUUGAUCAAUGGAAACCGAAUGCACCCGAGUUAAAUUGAGUUUCAUAGCAAAGGGUCUGAAUACUUAGGUAAAUAUGUCUUUUUUAUAUAUAUUUUUUUUUUUGUAAUCCAUUUGCAAAAAUGUCUUGGCCAGUUUUUGUUAUUUUAUUGGGUAUUGUGUGUGGCUUGAUUUUGGGGGGGUUAUUUAAUCCAUUUUAGAAUAAGGCUGUAACAAAAUGUGGGAAAGGGUCUGAAUACUUUACGAAUGCACUGUACAGUGUCAAAACCAAUGAUGUCACAUCUACAUUUUUUUUUUAUAUGAUACACGUCUACAGUCAAGACUCAUUAUUCUCUAACCCCUGCACACCACAAAUGUUUUUAUUUUUACGUGUGAAAUGAUAGUUUGUUUCGCACCUCUUGUUUAUAAUUUCAUCCAGCUAUGAAAAUGGAAGAUAAUGGACUUAAAUACCCUGAGUAUACAAACCAUUAACCUCCCCCACCCUUUGCCCUCCAGAACAGUCUCAAUUUGUCUGGGAUAGGACUCUGCAAGGUGUUAAAAGCGUAACAGGAAUGCUGGCCCAUGUUGACUCCAAUGCUUCCCACAGUUGUCAAGUUGGCUGGAUGUCCUUUGGGUGGUGGACCAUUCUUGAUAAACACGGGAAACUGUUGAGCGUGAAAAACCCAGCAGCAUUGCAGUUCUUGACACAAAACAUUGCGCCUGGCACCUACUACCAUACCCCUUUUAAAGGCACUUAAAUCGUUUGCUUGCCCAUCCACACUCUGAAUGGCACACAUACACAAUCCAUGUGUCAAUUGUCUCAAGGCUUAAUUAUUAUUUAACCUCCUCCCCUUCAUCUACACUGAUUUGAAGUGGAUUUAACAAGUGACAUGAAGGGAUCAUGGCUUUCACCUGGUCAGUCUGUCAUGGAAAGAGCAGUUAAUGUUUUGUAGAUUCAGUGUAUGCACAGGAAUAUUUGUUUUCGAUUUAAUAAUUUUUGUUUGUUAUUGGAAUCAAAUAAAAGGUUUAUUUUAAAAA